AUGGGUGUGACUAUGAAGCGAGCGACCCUCAUCGUCGCCGGCCUCAGUGUCUUAUCUUUCAUCUUCGGAGUCAUUACGGAGAACAAGAAGCCUGCUAUCGGAACCCGGAUUCCUGAUAAAGAUUCAGUUCUACGCAAGUAUCCCUCCAUCGCCUUCGACUACCUAUCGGUUUCGUUCAUCAUAUUAUUUUCUUUCACCGACUAUUAUUCUAUGUUUUACCCUUACAAGGGGAAAUCUGUUCCACAAUUUGUUCUCUUCCAAAGCACCAAUUUCUUCGCCUUCUCCAACAACGCCUUGUUUACGGGGGAAGUUUGUUUUAAAUGGAAUUACAAAUGCAUUAAAAAAGGCUCCUGUACGCGUGAAAUUAAACAAAACCCCACGUGA